AACCAGCUGUCCGGACCUCUGCCACCCGCCCUUUCCACUCUCCAACUCCCUACCCCUCCUCCCUUGAGCCCCUCCUCUUGUGCCCGACGCGUGCAGUGAUUGAUGUGCACCUCUUGUGCAGUGAUGUGCACCUCUUGUGCAGUGAUGUGCACCUCUUGUGCAGUGAUGUGCACCUCUUGUGCAGUGAUGUGCACCUCUUGUGCAGUGAUGUGCACCUCUUGUGCAGUGAUGUGCACCUCUUGUGCAGUGAUGUGCACCUCUUGUGCAUGAUGUGCACUAGAACUAAUUGUCCGGACCUCUUCCUCCCCACUCCAAUGCUCUCCCACCCACCUCCCAAUACCCACCACAUCCCCCACUCUCUAUUCCCCUCCCCUCCCACCCCCUCCUCUUGUGCCCCACGCUUGCGGUGCAGUGAUGUGCGCCAGAAUCAAAUGUUCGGACCUUUUGCCUUCUACCCUCUCCACCCUCGUCCGCCUCAACACCCUGUGAGGCGCACUGCCCCCUGCGCUCUGCCCCCCGUGAGGCGCACUGCCCCCUGUGAGGCGCACUGCCCCCUGAGAGGCGCACUGCCCCCUGUGAGGCGCACUGCCCCCUGUGAGGCGCACUACCCCCUGUGA